AUAAAAUGCCAGUUAUCUUCUUCACCACGUAUUUGCCAAACCCCUGAUUCUCUCUUUUCUAGGGUUUAACCAGUUCUUCACCUUCUCUCCUCCUUCUUCCGACGGCUUCCGCUCCUCCUACGCCGUAGAAUCAUGUCACUUUACCGCUUCCUCCUCCGCUCUCUCCACCGCUCUUCAACCUCUCCCUCAAAUUCCCGAACUCUUACCAUUGGUCCUCUGAACCACCAUUUUCAGGAGCCGAUUCCACCGUCUCCCAUCUCCCUCCUCCAUGCCCGCUCAUUUGCCUUUUCCUCUGCCGAAGAAGCUGCUGCCGAAAGACGCCGUAGAAAGCGCCGUCUUCGUAUUGAACCGCCUCUCCAUGCACUUCGUCGCGACAACUACCCUCCCCCACAGCGUGAUCCCAAUGCUCCUCGUCUUCCUGACUCCACAUCCGCUCUUGUGGGGCCUCGUCUUAACCUUCACAAUCGUGUUCAAUCCCUAAUUCGUGCUGGUGAUCUUGAUGCGGCUUCUGCGGUUGCUCGCCACUCUGUGUUCUCGAACACCCGGCCGACGGUUUUCACUUGUAAUGCUAUUAUUGCUGCUAUGUAUCGGGCUAAGAGGUAUGGCGAUGCGAUUGCACUGUUUCAGUUCUUCUUUAACCAGUCGAAUAUAGUUCCCAAUGUUGUGUCGUAUAAUAAUUUGAUUAAUGCUCAUUGCGAUGAGGGCCGUGUUGAUGUGGGUCUUGAGAUUUAUCGUCAUAUUAUUGCAAAUGCUCCGUUUAGUCCUUCGGCAGUGACUUAUCGGCAUUUGACUAAGGGGUUGAUUGAUUCUGGGAGGAUUGAGGAGGCUGUGGAUCUUCUGCGGGAAAUGUUGAAUAAAGGGCAUGGGGCUGAUUCGUUGGUUUUUAAUAAUUUGAUUUCCGGGUUUUUGAAUUUGGAGAAUUUGGAAAAGGCGAAUGAACUUUUUGAUGAGUUGAAGGAGAGGUGUUUGGUGUAUGAUGGAGUUGUAAAUGCUACGUUCAUGGAUUGGUUUUUUAAUAGAGGGAAAGAAAAGGAAGCCAUGGAAUCGUACAAGUCAUUGCUUGAUAGGCAAUUCAAGAUGAUUCCAGCGACUUGCAAUGUGCUGUUGGAGGUUUUGCUUAAGCAUGGGAAGAAAACGGAGGCUUGGACCUUAUUUGAUCAGAUGUUGGAUAACCACACUCCACCAAAUUUCCAAGCAGUUAAUUCAGAUACGUUCAACAUAAUGGUUAACGAGUGCUUUAAGCUCGGCAAGUUCUCAGAGGCAGUAGAGACUUUCCGGAAGGUGGGAACUCAACCAAAGUCUAGGCCUUUUGCUAUGGAUGUUGCAGGGUAUAAUAAUAUCAUUGCAAGGUUUUGUGAGCAGGGAAUGAUGACAGAUGCAGAGACUUUCUUCGCUGAACUUUGCUCGAAGUCCUUGUCCCCUGAUGUCCCAACUCAUAGAACACUGAUAGAAUCUUAUUUAAAGAUUGAGCAGAUUGAUGAUGCAUUGAGAGUUUUUAACAGAAUGGUCGAUGUUGGUUUGAGAGUUGUUGCUAGCUUCGGAAAUAAGGUAUUUGGUGAAUUGAUUAAGAAUGGCAAGGCAGUUGACUGUGCCCAGAUUUUAACAAAAAUGGGAGAGCGGGAUCCUAAACCGGAUCCCACAUGCUAUGACGUUGUGAUUAGAGGACUAUGUAAUGAAGGUGAGCUGGAUGCUAGUCGGGAGUUGCUCGACCAGAUAAUGAGGUAUGGUAUCGGCCUCACUCCCACACUUCAAGAAUUUGUUAAAGAGGCAUUUGGAAAGGCUGGUCGGCAUGAAGAGAUUGAAAGACUGCUAAAUAUGAAUAGAUGGGGACAUGCUCCAUAUCGCCCCCCCUCUGGUCCCCCGAGAAUUUCACAAUCGCAGGUACCACCUCAAAUGGGACCACCUCAAGGAUCCCCUCAAAUGACCGAACCAAAUUGGCGACCUUCCAUAAACCCUCAAGCUAGAGGAAGUUAUGCCCCUUCAUCACCUCAGAUGUCAGGUUCCAAUUAUUUUCAAUCGGGAUCAGAUCAAAUGAUGAGACCGCAACAACCAUCAUCCGAACCAACUCAACUGGGAGCACCUCAAGGACCCCGCCAAAUGGUAGAACCAAAUUGGCAACCUUCCAUAAACCCUCAAGCCAGAGGAAGUUUUGCCCCUUCAUCACCUCAGCUGUCAGAUCCUAGUUAUUUUCAAACUGGAUCAACUCAAAUGACAGGUCCUAAUUAUUUUCAAUCGGGAUUAGCUCAAAUGACGAGAUCACAACAGCCAUCAUACGAACCACCUCAAAUGGGACCACCUCAAGGAUCCCCUCAAAUGGCAGAACCAAAUUGGCGACCUUCCAUAAACACCCAAGCCAGAGGGAGUUAUGCCCCUUCAUCAUCUCAGAUGUCAGGUCCCAGUUAUUUUCAGUCAGGAUCAACUCAAAUGGCAGGUCCUAAUUAUUUUCAGUCGGGAUCAUCUCAAAUGACAAGACCGCAACCACCAUCAUCCGACCCGCCUCCAAUGGAAGAACAGUAUCACUCACAACAACCCCCUCAAAUGGCUGGCCAAGGGGUAGCUUGAUUCUUAAAAUCCUAAGUUAUUAGAGGAUGCUCUUGUUAAAUUUUGACUGAGUUGACAGGCAAUAUGUGAUCAAUUACUUACUGCUACAUGUUCCUUCUGUCAGUUCACCUCAACUUUCUUCCAUUCAAAGUUUUGUUUUUUUAGUACAAGGAUUUGGUUAUAUGCAUGGUGUUUGUCUUAGAUAUUGUGUUUACCUGGUAUAUCAAGUUGGUUUCCUCUUGCA